GCAGGGACUAGUUCGCCAGGACGGCGGAGCGAUAUGUACCCCGCCUCUUGUCUCCUUCAUGCAACUUGUCUUCAGGAUGUGGAGGGCAUGGGGAGACUGACGGCAAAGGCGGCGGACAACUGCUGAAAAGUAGACUUUCUAAAGUUUGGACGUAAUACGUGGACGGCUCUACACACUUGUCGAAAAGCCCUGCUUGUUUAAAGACAUCUGAUGGAUUAAAAGCGUGUGGCAGGUGAAAAAGAGCUGGAUGUUUACGAAGUGGUGAGAGCUGCUUCAGCCGUCUGUUGGACAGCAGUCCUCCUCUUCUCUCCUACUGACCACACCCCUUCCCUCCUUCCAUCGGUGGUUGUGACCCUGCUCCGGACAGCUUGCUGCAGGGCCCUUCCUGAGCAGCAGCAGCUGCGUCCUGCUCGCUGACUCCUCUCCCUCCCCUCCUUCCUGUUCUUGGUCAGACAAGGCCAGAACCUCCUGUCUUCCCCAUCUCACCCACUGAAUACGUUGUUUCUCAUUGAAAACACACUCACGAACACAUAUUGGAAGUAAUCAACAAGGGCCUUGAAAACCUCUUGAUCCCGCUGCAGACUUUCUACCCGUUGACCUGUCCUUGUCUCCAGCAUGACUUCCAUGUCCAGUCUCUUUUCCUUCACAAGUCCAGCGGUCAAGCGCCUGCUUGGCUGGAAGCAAGGAGAUGAGGAGGAGAAGUGGGCGGAAAAGGCAGUGGAUGCUCUUGUGAAAAAGCUGAAGAAGAAGAAAGGGGCGAUGGAGGACCUGGAAAAAGCCCUGAGCUGCCCAGGGCAACCCAGCAAAUGUGUGACCAUUCCAAGAUCUCUGGACGGCCGGCUACAGGUUUCCCACCGUAAAGGUCUGCCGCAUGUAAUAUACUGUCGGGUGUGGCGCUGGCCAGACCUCCAGUCCCACCAUGAGCUCAAGCCCCUGGAAGUGUGCGAGUAUCCAUUUGGCUCUAAACAGAAAGAGGUGUGCAUUAACCCAUAUCACUACAAGCGAGUGGAGAGUCCUGUGCUCCCCCCUGUCUUGGUACCACGACACAGCGAGUUCAACCCACAGCACAGCUUGCUUGUACAGUUCCGCAACCUGACCCACAACGAGCCACACAUGGCCCUGAACGCCACCUUUCCCGAGUCUUUCCAGCAGCCACACAGUGGCGGCAGCAGCACUGGUGGAGGAGGCUCUUUUCCCAUCACUCCCAACUCUCCGUAUCCUCCUUCCCCAGCCAGCAGUGGUACUUAUCCCAACUCUCCUGCCAGCUCGGGGCCCUCUAGUCCAUUCCAGCUCCCAGCUGACACACCACCUCCAGCAUACAUGCCUCCUGAUGAGCAACUGGGCCAGGAGAGCCAGUCCAUGGAAACAAGCACCAGCCUAGUGCCACAGAGUAUGGCUAGAGGAGAUGUGCAGCCAGUGGAGUAUGAGGAGCCGAGUCACUGGUGCUCUAUCGUCUACUAUGAACUUAACAACCGUGUGGGUGAAGCUUACCAUGCUUCAUCAACCAGUGUGCUCGUGGACGGCUUCACUGAUCCAUCAAAUAACAAGAACCGCUUCUGCCUCGGGCUGUUGUCAAAUGUCAAUCGCAACUCCACAAUUGAGAACACCCGUCGGCACAUUGGCAAAGGUGUUCACCUGUACUACGUAGGAGGGGAAGUGUAUGCAGAGUGCCUCAGUGACACCAGCAUUUUUGUCCAGAGCCGUAACUGCAACUAUCACCAUGGCUUCCAUCCCACAACUGUCUGCAAGAUCCCAAGUGGCUGCAGCCUGAAGAUCUUCAACAACCAGGAGUUUGCCCAACUUCUGGCUCAGUCAGUCAACCAUGGCUUUGAGGCUGUUUAUGAGCUUACCAAAAUGUGCACCAUCCGGAUGAGCUUUGUUAAGGGCUGGGGCGCGGAGUACCACCGACAGGAUGUCACCAGCACACCCUGCUGGAUCGAGGUGCACCUCCACGGGCCGCUUCAAUGGCUGGACAAGGUCCUGACUCAGAUGGGUUCUCCCCUAAACCCAAUCUCUUCUGUGUCCUAAUAAUAGUGGAUUUGGAUUAGACUUUUUCUUUAUUCCCCCCCCCCCCCCCAGCGGCAAUUUUAAUUUAAGGUGGUUUAAAUGGCCGAACUGUUUACACUUGUUUGGGAAGGGAUGUUGGACUGGAAUGGCAGCAGCAGUUGAAAUGUUUCAUGUUACCCAGAGAGAGACGACAAACUAGCAGUGAUGGAGUGGACGGCCACAUCUGCAUCAUUUGACUCAUUGUACACCUUCGAUACAUCCAAUUUUUAUCUUUUUCCACCUAUUGGUUACUUCAUCUGGUUAUUUUAUUUGCCUGUAUGUUUAGUUCUGAAUUGCCGCUCCUUAACUUUGACCGUUAAUUCAGACUUUUAUGGAAUUGUUUUUUGUCUUGAUGUAAAGAAAAUAGACUGACAGACUCAGAUGUCACAAUCUUCCAUUAGUCUAUAAUUGUAGAAAGAACACUGAGCUACUGCUUUUCUAAUCUGAUAGUUUUUGAUGUGGGAGAUCGAUCACUGAAUAAGUUCUUUUUGCCAUAAGCUAACACCAUUGUCAAUGUUACAUCUGCUGCAGUAGAAGUAGUCAUAUAAGAGCAAUUUUGGCAAUGGACAUCUUAAGAGUGACUGUAUUGUCCACACUCACUCUGUUAAUAUUGUGCACUUGAAUUAUGUGGAUGCAUAUAUUAAAUGUUGCCGUGGGUUACAAGACCUUAUCUUGAUGAAUGACUUCAUUAGCUCCAUUAAUUAAACAGGUUUUUUUUUUUGGUUA